AUGGAAGGCGGUAACAGCCCGUUGCCACGGGGGUGCCCCUCGCCGUCCGCCGGCGGCGGGCUGCGGCCGCCAGAGAUACCGUGGGAUCCCAUGGAGUUUCUCGCGCGCUCGUGGAGCGUCUCGGCGAUGGAGGUGUCGAAGAAGCUGGCAUCCCCCAAAGAAGCUAUCCACCUUGUCUCCGGCGGCAUCAUACAGGAGGAAGAGGACGCAAUGGCAGAGGAGAGCUCCAUGGCCACCACAACGAACCCUUUCUCCUUCCCCACUCCCCAGCUCAUCUUGGAAAGGAUCAUGGCGCAGUCGGUGAGCCCUCUCUCUCUCUCUCGGGUCUCCUUCUUCCUCUCCCAUUACAAAUGAUCUGAGGGGGGACUAUUUGACGCCUUCCGUGGAUUUGUCUUUCUCUGGCCGUCGAAGGUGGCGCAUCAGGAGGCAUCCCCGAUGACGUCAGGGAGGCUGUCUCACAGCAGCGACGCUCUCUCCGGCAGCCACAGCGGCGGCUCUCUUUCCGAAGGGACACCGGUCUUCUCCUCCCUCGCUGACGACGCCGUCAAGGUCAGCCCCCCGUCCUCUUCCCCCCACCUACCCACCCCUGUGCCGCUACUCUUCUCUCCCUUCUCUUUCCUCUCCCUCUUGAAAGAAUCCAUUUUCUCUCUCUACUGUUCCUCCUCAUUCCUCUUCGUGUGAAAACAAUAUCAUCUAAUUGAGCCACCACUUUUCCGUAGAGUCUUCCCUCCCCUAGUUCAAAGGCCUGAAAUUCCGGCCUUUCGUCUGGUUUGGAAACUAAUGGGGUGCUUUCAAUCGAUGGAGUGAAGGUUAGUGGAGAAGAGGUCUUUCCCUUUUGUUUCCUCCUGGUCUCUCUCUCUCACUCUCGCUGCUGUUUAUUCUCUUUCCGUCUCUCAUUGUGAAGACAGUGGAGUGCUGAGUAUGUGAAGACGAUUUUCGAAGAGAAGGGGUAGGUUUCUCCUUCGUUCCUCCUCCUCAUCUCUCUAGUAGUUCCAUUUUCUUCCUCUCUCGUAUAAAGACGAUGCGGCGCGGAGAUACCGUUGCUCAGCUUUGGGAUUUUGGGUCAAGAACCUAGUGAGAGAGAGGGAGUGAGGAGAGAGAGAGAGAGAGAGAGUGGAGUACCUGGGACGCUGUCUGAUCCCAGAAAACAGCUGCUUUUUCCCACAGACGCAGAUCUCUUUUACUGUUUCUUCCCUGGGUGCCCCUGCCCUCUUGUUGGCUGUGUGUGUGAUCAUAUCAAAGCUAUUCGGAACUGGUCGGAAAGACACACGUCCAUAUUGAGGAAGAGAGAGAGAGAUAUGAGAGGAAUUGAUGCUUCCAAAUGGGGACCCAAGUAGAGAGAGGCAGAGAGUUAAAUCUGGAGAGAGAAAUAGACAGCGGGGACGGGAGAGAGAAUUUGCCCGGCUUCUUUCUCUUGUUCUGUGACGCCAUUAAAUUCUAUCGCCGUUGAGUUGGCUGGGUGAGAACCUUUUCCUCCCAACGUACUCACAGACGUCGAUGUCUGUCUGUCUUUCUGUGUGUGUUUCUCUCUCUCUCUCUCUCUCUCUCUCUCUCCAUCUCUCUCCAUCUCCCUUCUAUCUGACUCAUUCCACCAGAGACUCUCUCUCUCUCUCUCUCUCUCUCCAUCUCUCUCCAUCUCCCUUCUAUCUGACUCAUUCCACCAGAGACUCUCUCUCUCUCUCUCCAUCUCUCCCUUCUAUCUGACUCAUUCCACCAGAGACUCUCUCUCUCCCUCCCUCCCUCACUCUCAAUAAUACAUUACUCUCUCUAGCAUCCAAUUCUGAAGUACUUCCGGGUUCUGAGAGGAAGAAGACACCCAAGACUGUGCAUAUCCGGUUCUCUUCUUGAACAUUCUCAUUUACGGCAAAGUGAAAAGAGAAAGAAGACAGCCAAGACUGUGCUUAUCCGGUUCUCUUCUUGAACACCGUCCUUUACGGCACUGCUACUAGAUUUUUCUUGUGGUAACCCUGUUAUCCGUCCUCCCGCUGCCUUCUACCAACCCGCUUCGUGGGCCUGUCGGCGGCUGGGAUGGGUCCCCACCGUAACGGUGCUUUCGGUGUUCGCAGCUACCGGCGGCGGCGCCGCCCGCCAUCUCCAAGCCGCAGUCGCGGAGGGGCGGCAAGACCGUGGGUCGGUGGCUGAAGGACCGCCGGGAGAGAAAGAAAGAGGAGACCCGCACCCACAACGCCCAGCUGCACGCCGCCGUUUCCGUCGCCGGCGUAGCCUCCGCCGUCGCCGCCAUGGCCGCCGCCACCGCCGCCGCGGCGGCGUCUCGGGGCCCCGCGAAGGACGACGAGACGACGAAGAUGGACAUGGCGCUCGCCUCCGCCGCCACCCUCAUCGCUGCGCACUGCGUGGAGGCGGCGGAGUCCAUCGGCGCCCAGCGCGAGCUCCUCGGUUCCGUCGUCGCCUCCGCCGUUAACGUCAGCACCCCCGGCGACGUAGUUGCCCUCACCGCCGCUGCGGCAACUGGUAAGCCCCCCCGUCACUUCAUUCUUUAUCCCCACAACCUCCAUCAUCGGCUUUUGCUGAUCUCUCUCUCUCUCUCUCUCUAGCUCUGAGAGGGACUGCGGCGUUGAAGGCUAGGGCGCUGAAGGAAGUAUGGAACGUGGCCGCCGUAGUGCCGCUGGAGAAAGGGAGUGCCGCGCAUGGCCGCCCCCAGCAUCACCGUCCGCGACAGCACUGCCACGAGGAGUCAAUCCAGCAGGCGGAGGAUCGCAGGAACGACAUCCCGUUCAGCGGCGAGCUUCUGCCGGAGGACUUCCUCGGCAUGUGCAGCCAGGAGCUCCUCGCUCGAGGGGCUGAGCUUCUCAAGCGCACUCGCAAAGGUGGGUUCACUCGAAAAAUAUCCUCUCCGGCGGGAGUUGUAAAGCUGAGAUUUUCGUCCGUCGUUGCAGGUGCCCUUCAUUGGAAGAUCGUCUCUGUCUACAUCAACAGAAAUGGCAAGGUUUAGUUCCUCACAAAGCUCUUCACCCCGCACCAGCCUCCUCCAUGAUUAGGGUUUACGGAUUCACCUGGUUUCAUGUUCAUUAUAGGUGGUGCUCAAGAUGAAGAGCAGUUACGCUGCAGGCACCAUCACCAAGAAGAAGAAGUGUAACCAUCUCUCUCUCUCUCUCUCUCUUUCUCUCUCUUCCGCUUUCAUCUCACUGAUGAGGAUGACGGUGGCGUUGUAGAUGUGGUGAUGGAGGUGUGCAAGGACUUGCCGGCGUGGCCGGGUCGGCAUUUGCUGGACGGGGGCGAGCAGCGCCGUUACUUCGGGCUGAAGACGGCGGAGCGCCGUAUUAUCGAGUUCGAGUGCCGGAGUCAGCGGGACUAUGAGAUCUGGACGCAGGGCGUCGCCCGCCUCCUCGACAUCACCGCCCGGAGGAGCUCCCCCAUCUGA